GGGAAGAAGGUCCGGAGCAGUGGACUGGAGAAGAGGGACUAAACCAGUCCAGGAUCAGGACUUUGGUGGUACUUCUUUGUGGAUCCUGGUCUGCUUCUCGUCAUGGCAGCAGAGAGACCCCGUCGAUGGGUCUGGAUCCCGGGCUUCCUUCUGGUGGUCUUGCUCCUCCUGGUCCCUCCGUGCACGUCUCACCGCGCCUGCCAGUUAAUUUCCGUGCCGCUCUGCAAGGACCUGGUCUACAACCAGACCAUCAUGCCCAACCUGCUGGGACACACCACCCAGGAGGACGCCGGGCUGGAGGUCCACCAGUUCUACCCGCUGGUGAAGGUCCAGGACUCCGUGGACCUGAAGGUCUUCCUCUGCUUCUUGUAUGUGCCGGUCUGCACGGUUCUGGAGGAGGCCCUCCCCCCCUGCAGGUCUCUGUGUGAGCGUGCCCGGCUCGGCUGCGAGGACCUCAUGGCCAAGUUCGGCUUCCAGUGGCCCGAGAAGUUCCGCUGCGAGGACUUCCCGGUCCACGGAGAGGGGCUCUGUGUGGAGUUCCAGACUCCAAGACCCACAGAACCCCAGACCUCCAGACCCCCAGACCUCCAGACCGCCAGACCCACAGAACCCCAGACCUCCAGACCCUCCUCUGAGAAUGAAGAUGAGACGUGUCAGAGGAUGAGGAUGAAGAUGAAGAAGAUGAAGAUGAAGAUGAGACGUGUCUGCAAUAUAAAGAUGUAACGUGUCUGAUGAUGAUGAAGAUGAUGAUGAUGAUGAGAUGUGUCUUAUGAUGAUGAUGAUGAUGGUAAAGAUGAUGAUGACGAUGAUGGUGAUGAUGAAGAUGUCAUUAUAGCAAUAAAACAUAUU